UGUGACUUCACAACUUAGCGCAUGUCUUGGACCUCAACCCCCCCUUAAGCCCCUCCACGCCAUUGAACCCAUCACCCUCGCGGCGACGGCCUUGCCAUUCCUUGUCGCAAGACCGUCCUAUUCACUGUGCCGCAGCUUCACGCCGGCUCACCGACUUCGCCAUCAAGUAGCGCUGUCCUGAACCACCCGACGCCGCUCUGUGUGCCAUCGCAGCACACGCGGGACCAGGUAGCCAGCCUUAUCACAGCUCGAUCUUGGACAAGCACCAAGCGGCAGCUUGGUCUCGUCACCCAGCAUGGGAAUCAGUCGGCGACCGAAGGACAAGUCCGGGGCAGGCGGCGCAGCUGCGCAAGCCGGCGCCGGCGCAAAGCCCAAGAAGGCGACCUUUGAGACGACAAAGAAGAAGGAGAUUGGCGUGUCGGAUCUGACGCUGCUCAGCAAAGUCUCUAACGAAGCCAUCAAUGAGAAUCUCAAGAAGCGUUUCGAGGGUCGUGAGAUCUACACAUACAUUGGCCACGUCCUGGUCUCCGUCAACCCCUUCCGCGAUCUUGGCAUCUACACCGAUGACGUACUCGAGUCCUACAAGGGCAAGAACCGACUCGAAAUGCCGCCGCACGUGUUCGCCAUCGCCGAGUCUUCAUACUACAACAUGAAAGCGUACAAAGAGAACCAGUGUGUCAUCAUCUCCGGCGAGUCAGGCGCCGGCAAGACAGAGGCUGCAAAGCGCAUCAUGCAGUACAUAGCCAACGUCUCUGGUGGUGAGAGUGGCGAGAUCAAGCAGAUCAAGGAUAUGGUGCUGGCAACCAACCCUCUCCUCGAGUCUUUCGGCAACGCCAAGACACUGCGGAACAACAACUCUUCACGUUUCGGCAAAUACCUGCAAAUACAUUUCAACACCAAUGGCGAGCCCGUUGGAGCCGACAUCACCAACUAUUUGCUAGAAAAGACUCGUGUCGUUGGGCAGAUCAUGAAUGAGCGAAACUUCCACAUCUUCUACCAGUUCGCGAAGGCCGCUCCCGAAAAUUACCGGACGACGUUUGGCAUCCAGCAACCAGAAACGUACGCCUAUCUUAGUCGCUCAAAAUGCUACAAUGUAGACGGCAUAGACGACGUGGCCGAGUUUCGUGAUACCUUGAACGCCAUGAAAGUCAUCGGCUUAUCGCAAGCCGAGCAAGACGACGUGUUCCGAAUGUUGGCUGCAAUUUUGUGGACCGGCAACGUUCACUUCGUGGAGGGCAAUGAUGGAUAUGCAGCGGUCGCUGAUCAGUCUGUGAUUGACUUCCUGGCAUACCUCUUGGAGGUCACACCCGCGGAGCUUAUCAAGGCAAUCACCAUUCGUAUUCUCACACCCAGAAGCGGCGAGGUGAUCGAGUCCACAACAAACGUUGCCCAAGCUACUGCCACCAGGGAUGCGCUUGCCAUGGCCAUCUACAACAACCUAUUCGACUGGAUCGUCCAGAGGAUCAACCAAUCACUUAAAGCACGGCAGGCUACUUCCAACAACAUUGGUAUCCUAGAUAUCUAUGGCUUUGAGAUUUUCGAGAAAAACAGCUUUGAACAGCUGUGUAUCAACUACGUUAAUGAGAAGCUCCAGCAGAUCUUCAUCCAAUUGACACUCAAGGCUGAGCAAGAAGAAUAUGCCCGGGAGCAGAUUCAAUGGACGCCAAUCAAGUACUUCGACAACAAGAUUGUUUGCGAUCUCAUUGAGCAAGUGCGGCCAGUCGGUGUCUUUUCUGCACUGAAGGACGCAACAAAGACUGCUCACGCCGACCCUGCGGCUUGCGAUCGAACAUUCAUGCAGACCGUCAAUGGCAUGUCGAACGCCCAUCUGACACCAAGACAGGGCAGCUUCAUUAUCAAGCACUACGCCGGUGAUGUCAGCUAUACUGUCGACGGUAUCACCGACAAGAACAAGGAUGCCCUUCUGAAGGGUGUGCAGAAUCUCUUCCAGCAAAGCCAAAACCGCUUCGUUCACAACAUCUUCCCCAACCAAGUGGAUCAAGAUAACCGCAAGCAACCGCCGACAGCCGGUGAUCGAAUCAGGGCCUCUGCGAACGCGCUCGUUGAGACAUUGAUGAAGUGUCAGCCUUCUUAUAUCCGAACCAUCAAGCCAAACGAGAACAAAUCUCCGACCGAGUACAAUGUUCCGAAUGUACUGCAUCAGAUCAAGUAUCUUGGUUUGCAAGAGAACGUUCGCAUCCGCCGCGCAGGGUUCGCCUAUCGUCAGUCAUUUGAGAAGUUUGUGGAGCGCUUCUUCCUCCUGUCUCCAGAGACGUCGUACGCUGGCGAAUACACGUGGAAUGGAUCCGAAGAGGCUGCUGUGAAGCAGAUCUUGAAGGACACCAGCAUCCCCAAGGAAGAGUGGCAACUGGGCACAACCAAGGCCUUCAUCAAGUCUCCCGAGACCCUGUUCGCCCUCGAGACCAUGCGUGACCGCUACUGGCAUAACAUGGCCAUCCGCAUUCAGCGCAUGUGGCGCGCGUAUCUAGCCUACCGAGCCGAGUCCGCCACGCGUAUCCAAAGGUUCUGGCGCAAGAAGCGGACGGGAGCCGAGUAUCUUCAGUUGCGUGACCAGGGCCACAAAGUCCUUGGUGGUCGCAAAGAAAGACGGCGCAUGAGUUUGCUAGGAUCUCGCCGUUUCCUUGGCGAUUAUCUUGGGAUCAAUGCGAGCACCGGUCCCGGAUCUCAGAUCCGAGGAGCUGUGCAGAUGUCCAGCAACGAAAAGGUGCUGUUUUCUUGUCGUGGUGAGGUCCUGGAGUCCAAAUUUGGGCGUUCCAGCAAGCCUAGCCCGCGCAUCUUGGUGGUCACCAACAGCAAGUUCUAUGUCGUGGCCCAAGCCUUGACCAACGGUCAGGUUCAAAUCAUGGUUGAAAAGUCUGUGCCACUCGGCGCCAUCAAGUUUGUCGGGACAUCGACUUGUCGCGAUGACUGGUUCUCGCUCGGCAUUGGCUCGCCUCAAGAACCUGAUCCUCUGCUUAACUGUGUCUUCAAGACCGAGCUGUUCACUCAGAUGCAAAGAGUCAUGCCCGGCGGGUUCAACCUGAAGAUCGCGGAGAGCAUCGAGUACGCCAAGAAGCCCGGCAAGAUGCAGCUGAUCAAGGUUGUCAAGGAUUCGCCACAACCUGUGGACUUCUACAAGAGUGGCGCCAUCCACACGCAGCCCGGUGAACCUCCAUCGUCAGGCUCAAAGCCCACACCAAAGGGCAAGCCAGUACCACCACGCCCGAUCACUCGGGGCAAGUUGAUCAAGCCUGGCGGUCCCAACGGCAGGCCCUCGAGGCUGGCCGGCAAUCGUGGCGCUGGUAAACGACCAGUUCCAGCUGCUCAAACGUCCCGUGCUGUGCCCACUCCUGCGGCUGUGACUGCCCCAGCGGCGGCCACGACUACACUGCCUUCGCAUACCCGGAACCAGAACUCGAGCUCUGCUGUUCGAGCACCUCCGCCGCCUCCGCCUCCCGCUGCGCCACCGGCUGUAGCUGCGAAGCCGACGGCAAAGGUCCUUUAUGACUUUGCCGGCCAGAGGGAUAAUGAGCUCACUGUUAAGGCGGGCGAUAUCGUCGAGAUCGUGCAGAAAGAGAACAAUGGAUGGUGGCUCGCAAAGAAUAGUGCUGGCCAGGCAUGGGUCCCUGCCGCCUACGUCGAGGAGCAAGCACCGCCGCCGCCUCCGGCAGCAACUCCUCGCGCACCACCGCCGCCACCCAACGGUGCUCGGGCAAAGCCGGCGGCGCCUCAGCCACCCGCGAAGCGUCCCAUCCCGGGCAACAAACGACCCGGUGGCGUGCCGCAGCCUCGUGAUUCCGGGUACAGUCUUGCGGCCAAUGGUUCCGACAGCAGCCGGAGCAACACCCCGACGCCGAGUCUGGCAGGCUCGCUGGCCGAUGCCCUCAAGGCACGGCAGACGGCAAUGUCUGCAAAGAAGGAGGAGGAUGAUGAUUGGUAGACUCGUGGAUAAUUCGUGAGGGCUCGCACAGACUCGGAGUCUCGGCAUACAAAGAGAACAGCAUCACGACAGGAACGACGAUAAAAGAUGAAUGAUGUAAAGUUUCAGGUUGGCCGGAAAUCUUUGGUCAUAUUGGCAGCAUGUGAUCAACAACAGAGUUCUCUUUUUUUUCUGGUUGCUACUGAUCGCUCUCAGCGCGUCUUGUCCUCGCCCAGGCCCUGGGUAUCGGCCCAGUGUCCAGGGCCUGUGUACGGCGCAAGGAGUGAUGAAACGUGCAUUAUCGGGUGAAAAGACGGACUGCAAGGGCUGCUGUAUAUGUGCUUAGACAUGACAUAUUUAUAUCUAUAUAUAUACACACACACACACACA